CGCCAGACCCGCGCGCUCCCUGCUCGCAGGCCACACCUGGCGCGCUACCUGGGGCCGCCGCCGCCGCCGCCGCCCGCGCGCCCGCCCCGCCCCGCCCGGGCGCACUGGGCAUGCGCGGGGCGCGAGGACGCGCCCGCCGUUCCCAGCGGGCGAGGCCCCUUCGUGCGCCGGCCCCGGCCCGGGCCUGUCCCGCGCGCCGCCAUGGAGCGCAUCGAGGGAGCAGCCGUGGGCCCCUGCACCGCGUCGCCCUACCUGCAGCCGCUCACGCUGCACUACCGCCAGAACGGCACCCAGAAGUCCUGGGACUUCAUGAAGACCCACGACAGCGUGACCCUGCUCCUGUUCAACUCUUCCCGAAGGAGUCUGGUGUUGGUCAGGCAGUUCCGGCCAGCUGUGUACGCAGGUGAGGUGGAGCGCCACUUCCCAGGGUCGCUGGCGGCUGUGGGCCGGGAGGGGCCCCGGGAGCUGCAGCCGGCGCUGCCCGGCGUGGCAGGGGUGACGGUGGAGCUGUGCGCCGGCCUCGUGGACCAGCCGGGGCUCUCGCUGGAGGAGGUGGCCUGCAAGGAGGCGUGGGAGGAGUGUGGCUACCGCCUGGCUCCCUCCAGCCUGCGCCGGGUGGCCACGUACAGCCCCAGCGGGGAGCCAGACUGCUCACCUGCCCGUCACAGGUGACACGGCCCUGGAGCUCAAGGCACUGGUGUGGGAGCAGCCAGCCGAGGACAAGGCUGAGAGGACCCCCGGAGGGGUCACAGGCCGGGCCGUGGGAGGGGCCCCAGGGACAGGAGGCAAGGGAGCAGCGGGGGGCCCUUGGGGUGGGGAAUGGAGGCCCCAGUUCCGCUUCCCCCCAGUGCUGGCACCCCUCCAAGGGCGCCCUCCCUCCAGGACGUCCCUUAUGGCCCCCCUCUCAGGGCACUCCUGGCCCGCCUCCUGUUCCGGAUUCUGGCGUGGCCGCUGCGCCACCCCAUCCUCGUGGCCGCGGUCACCACUCGUGCGCACUGUUCGUGUCAGUUCCUCAGGCUGGGUGCCCAUCCCCUGCUGGCCACUGCCUGCUGAGGGAGGGCUCCCUCCCUCUCCUCGCCAGCUUGUGACCAGGGGCUGGGCCCUCACUCCCCAGGGCACUCUGGGUCUCAGUCGCCUUCCGGCCAGCUCAGCAGUGACAUCCCAGGUGCCCACCAGGGAGCCCUCACUGGUCCCACAGACUGUUCCUGUGUCCGUGGGUGCAGACCAGGGCCUGGCCUGGCCUGGCAGCCGGCACAGGACGCACUGCAGGUCGGAAGGAGCCCUGGCCGGGCCCCCAGCAGAGCGAGGGGCAGGGGCCUGCACGAGAACUCAAGCGCCCCUCGGUUUCUGAGGCUCAGGGUGGGCGUCUGGGGUCUUGCUCGGUGCAGGGUGCUUGCUGGCCGUCGGCCGGGGGCUUUGCUGUGAGCACGUGACGCUAAGCCCACCCAGGAAGGCCCCUCGUGAUGAACCUGUGUCCUCAUGCCCGCUGUGUGUGGCGUGAUGCCCCCACCAGGGAUCAGGGCUCAGUAGACCCUGUCUCGG